AGCAGUUGAACGGCAGUUACACCCGGGAGAACUGGAGUGGAGUGUGGUGAACAGUGUUGUGACAGCUGAGCUUUCUCUGUCGAACAUCGGUCUCUUUUCGGUUUAUAGGUUUUAUUUAUGUUAUUUUGUUUGUCGUUUUCUGUUUUACAUAGGUAUCUACAACCGCGUACAUAAAGGUUGACUGGGAAAACCUCAAGCCAUCUCACAUUAACAGUCGACUUCUCAUCCGAAACCAAGCGGAGGGAAUGGCACCAGCCUUAACUAAAACAGCAAAAAGUGGGAUCCACUUGUCAUCUUCUCUUUUAACUGAUAGUAUGGGUUCAGACAGUCCGGUUCUUGGGAUCGAUUUAGAACCUCAAAUGAAAUUUCUGGAGGACAGUUACAGUGAGAGGAUGUGGUUGAACCUGUCGUCCUUGCCCUUUCUGGACACCUGCGGCUCGAAGAAUCCUCUCGAGUAUCCAGAUGUGCUUCUGCAGCCUAUACUACAAGGCUCAGGGUACUAUAAAACAGUGCUGCUGUCCAACCCUCGAGCUCUGGUCGGCCAGCUCUCGAUCAACAAAACCAAGAAGUCUUUGAUGGCUCAAGGUGACAUAUUGUUGCCCCCUUUGCCCGACCUCAGCCACAUAAGGGAUGCGCCGGCUGGCUUGAGCCUGCGUCAGCUCAGCAGCUCUGUUGCAGAGUCCCUUGAUGUUUCUAAUUCUCCUUCACUGACACCUGGUAACCCAGGGGAGCACUUACUCCAGAAAAGUGCUGCAGGCUGUGCAGUCCUUACAGACAGAAUAGGUGAAGGUGACGGCAUGGGUAUAGAUAGGAGUUGGACUCAGCAUUGGGGCUCUAGGGUCUCUCGGAUUCCAAGAUCAGCGUCAGUCAAAGAUGCAGUGAGAGACCAGACCCUGCAACACUUGUCUGAGCAGGGAACCCUGGUGGCUCGGGCUGAGCGCAUCCAGAGACGACUACAAGCUCUGCUGGUGGAGCAUGCAUCCCACCACUGCACCCAGCAGCUGGAAGGACUUAAGGCAAAGUUGCUCCAAAAGGACCUCAGCCCCAUAUCACCUACACAGCCCACGACCCCUUCUGCUGCUGAGAACCCUACUCCCUAUACAGAUUCUAAGCCCACAGGUGCCCAAGCAGAGCUAGAGUCAUUGGCAGCAGUUACCCUGAACAACCUGACUAGCGGUGCUCCUACUCGGACAGGCUCAGUGUCUACAGAGAGCUCUGUUGACAUGCAGAACUUUGCCCGUUGUGCCAGUGCUGCCCUGCGUGGAAUACAGUCAGCUCUGGACUCCGAUGCCACAGAGAGCAGCUCAGAUGACGAGUGGGAGCCAAAGACCUCUGGGACCAGCACUCAGUCAAUGUCAGAGUGGCGCUGGCAGGCAGAGAGGGCAGAGUUGUCCAGCCGCUGGACAUGGCUGCAGCUGCGGGUGGCUGAGCUGGAGGGCCGCAUCCAGCAGCUGGGUGACCUCCGCCAGCGCAUCCGUCUCUCCAAGGGUGGAGUGGUGCUGGCAGACUCUCAGCCCCUGACAGACAGGCAAAUCCAGCAGACUCUGCUGACGGAGAUGGCCGGUUUGUCGUUCACAGCGGGGGGUGCAGGAGAACUGACCUCUGACCUGGAGAUGGAGCCGAGCAGCCCCACACGCCUCCUCAGGAACAUCGAGAGACAGAGUGCCCAGCUGACGCAGAUUGUGAACAGCCUGAUGCCCCCCCUCAGCCUCUCCCCGUCCUCCUCUCCCGUCUCCAAACCCCACACCAACGGCUGGAUGGGCACAGGCCAGCAGAAGAGAUCCUUCAACAGCAAUGGUGUGAUGUUCCAGGCAGGCCGGAAGAGGCGGCGCGUUUGCCGCAGGAAGCAGCGACCAGCCCAGCCUUACCUCACCUGCGUCUCAGCCCGCACGCGACCCCUCCUGACCUACCACAAACCCCACCUGUUCAUCUCCAGUCCGCCCUGCUCCAGCGGGGAACAGGAAGAACAGUUUCUCUCCUCUACCUGCUCCAGCUGCCGGUCAUGUGAUCCUCUGGCCCUCUGCACAGACUCCCGCUGUCCCGGCAACCCUGCCAGCACCGCCCAGAGGACACACCCCGUGCUCUCCCUCCGCUCAGACACUCCCCUGUCCUUCCAUCUCCAGAACGGCCUGCAGAAGGAGGACUGGACCUUGAGGCCGCUCCCGCUCAAGACGGAGCCGUCCAGCCCUCUCCGCUUCCUCCGCUGUGGCCGUAAAGAGCCCCGCCGCCCAGCUGCCUUCAAUUUCGGUUACACCCCUUUGCCUCACAGGCGCCGGCCCAAGAGCCGGUGUGAACCCGGUGUCCGUGGACCGCCCAGACGGAGCCAUCAGAAGGGCCGGAGGAAGAGGCUCUACCAUGACAGCUCACUGGAUGAGGCAGAGCUGCUGUCCAGUUUCGCGGAGCCCCCCAGCCCAGAGGAGAGUGCAGAGGAGGCGCUGACCCCCCACCCCCACAACACUCGCCACAGGAGCUCCCAGUUUGUACGUAGGAGGAAUGGAGAGAGUGUGUACGACAUCAACAACAUUGCGAUCCCCAUGUCCCUGGCUGCACCCAUCAAGCUGGAGAAGCUGCUGUACAAGGACAUCCUCACACCCAGCUGGAGAGUAGUGGAGCCUGAGCCUGUGGUGAAGGAGGAGGAAGAGGAGCAGGAGAGAGUGGAGGAGGAAGAUGACGAAGUGGGCAACAUGGCUUCUGUCCUUGUUCCUGUGUGA